AUGAACUACGACAUAAAAACAACGGAACUCGCAUCAGCUGGUAAACAACGAAUUGAUUGGGCAAACCGAUUCAUGCCCGUUUUAGAUUCCAUCCGCGAGCGGUUUCAAAAUGAACGCCCGUUGGACGGAUUGAGAGUGGCAGCGUGCCUACAUGUCACAACUGAAACAGCCAAUUUGAUGAAAACGCUGAAGGCAGGUGGUGCGGAGGCGGUUGUCUGUGCAUCAAAUCCACUCAGUACGCAGGACGACGUUGCCGCAUCUCUUGUGGUCGACGAAAAGAUAGGUGUAUUUGCAAUUAACGGAGAAGAUACUGAAACCUAUUACAAGCACAUUGAUGCCGCACUUGAUAUGCAACCGACUAUUACUAUGGAUGACGGUGCUGACCUCGUCUCAAGACUCCAUUCUGAAGAGGCAAAUCCAGCUUUAUUGGAGCAAGUCGUUGCAGGAACAGAAGAAACAACAACCGGAGUUAUCCGACUCAAGAGUAUGGCAACCGAAGGUGUGUUGAAAUACCCGAUUAUCGCUGUGAACGACGCACGGACGAAGCAUUUUUUUGAUAACCGAUACGGCACCGGACAAAGUACAUUAGACGGUAUUAUCAGAGCGACGAAUCUGCUCAUUGCCGGAACGACAGUCGUUGUGGCAGGCUAUGGUUGGUGUGGCAGAGGAGUUGCUAACCGGGCACGCGGCUUAGGCGCGAACGUCAUUGUGACGGAGGUCAUCCCUUUAAAAGCAUUAGAAGCAGUGAUGGACGGAUUUCGAGUGCUGCCGAUGCAGAAAGCGGUUCAGGAAGCAGGUUUGGUUAUAACGCUCACAGGGGAUAUUCACGUCUUACGCCAAGAACAUUUCAAAGCGAUGAAGGACGGCGCGAUUAUAGCGAAUUCCGGUCACUUCAACGUUGAAAUCGACAUCCCAGCACUUGAAAAAUUGAGCGUUGAUAAAGGGAAAGCGCGCCCGUAUGUAGAGGUAUACACCCUCGGAGAUGGUAAGAAACUCUAUCUUAUUGGCGAAGGCAGGCUGGUAAACUUAGCUGCUGCUGAAGGACAUCCGGCAAGUGUUAUGGACAUGAGUUUCGCAAAUCAAGCAUUGUGUCUUGAGUACAUCGCCCAAAAUCGGGAUAAUCUUGAGAAUCGUGUAUAUGAUGUCCCCGAAUCUAUAGAUGAAACCGUAGCGCAACUCAAGUUGGAAGCAUUUGGCAUUGAAAUUGAUACACUCACAGCGGAGCAGGAAAAAUAUCUUAACUCGUGGGAAAUGGGUACUUAG